AUGCCCCCUGGGUGUGGGGCAGGGCUGGUGCCCCUCCUGACCCUGUGGGGCAGGCAGGGCCAGCCCGUGUACUCCAUCCCUCCUGGAGGCUUCCGGCACCCCUACCCUGCGCUGGCCAUGAACGCCUCUGUGUCCAGUUUGAUGUCCAGCCGUUUCUCCCCGCACAUGGUCCCACCACCCACCCACGGGCUGCACCCCUCGGGCAUCCCCCACCCCACCAUCGUCUCGCCCAUCGUCAAGCAGGAACCCACCCAACCCGGCGUCAGCCCUGGAGGCAACUCGAAGUCCCCUGUCUCGGUGAAGAAGGAAGAAGAGAAGAAGCCCCACAUCAAGAAGCCCCUCAACGCCUUCAUGCUCUACAUGAAGGAGAUGAGGGCCAAGGUGGUGGCCGAGUGCACGCUGAAGGAGAGCGCGGCCAUCAACCAGAUCCUGGGCAGGCGGUGGCACUCGCUGUCCCGAGAGGAACAGGCCAAGUACUACGAGCUGGCGCGCAAGGAGCGGCAGCUGCACUCGCAGCUCUACCCGGCCUGGUCUGCGCGGGACAACUAUGGCAAGAAGAAGAAGCGGAAGCGGGAGAAGCUGCUGCAGCCGCAGGAGCCCGAGAAUCCCCUCCCAGCCCGGAGCAAGAAGCCGAGCGUGGCGCCGCUGGUUCCGGCGGAGAAGCCGAGCGGCCCUGGCGGGCCCUCGGAGCAGGCGCAGCCGCUCUCCCUCACCACCCGCGCCCACCUGCCCACGCACCCCGCGCCCUUCCUGCCGGGAAAAGCCUCUUCCUCCUGCUCCUCCAGGCCCAGCCCCUUCUCGGGGCCCUCCGCGGCUCUCCUGGCCUCACCUCCAGCCCUGCUGGCCACCAGCCCGUCCCCGCAGGCCGCCCUGCAGACGCAGCCUCUUGCCCUGGUCACCAAACCUGCUGACUAA